GCUUCCGUAGUUAGCUACUGUCACAUGAAUGCUUUGUUGUGAAAGCCCAGCUUGACAGUUUCAUGUCACAUUUCACGGUUCUUAGCUUGCCAUCUGGAUUUCAAGUGGCAGAUUUCCCUGCUAAAUAACGAGAUAUUCCCGACAGCUAUUGUUAUAGCUUCAAGACUACCGUGAUCUUGGAACGUCUCAUCAAAUGAUUGAAUCCUUUCCAUAGCCAGUCAUGCUGCGAUGGAUACUCGGCGGUCGGGAAGCACAGGGGACUGUAGAGAAGAACUCUUUACUGUUCAUUGGGGAGGAACAGCCCAAAAACUGGUUCACUGAACUGCAGGUGCUGAAAGGACAUUUUGACAUUGUUCGAUUUCUGGUGCAGAUUGAUGACUUCAGGUUUGCCUCUGCAGGAGACGAUGGCCUUGUGCUGGUGUGGAAUAUUGAGACAGGGGAGAGGCUUUUGGAGCUGAGAGGUCACUCCCAGCAGAUAACAGCCAUGACAGCCUACACACACGCAGUUGGAGAAGACACACACACCUCCCUCAUUACUGCCUCUUCCGACCGAACUCUCAGUCUGUGGGACCCAGACACAGGCAACAGAGUUCAGACCGUCUCUGACCUCCAGUCCUCUGUCAAGUGUAUACUGGUGCUGGAGCGGUUAUGUGUGUGGGUGUCAGGGGGCAACGAGCUGUGUGUGUGGAACAGAGACUUCCAGCUGCAGUGUCAGAGCCAGCAACACGACGACACAGGAAUCAGUGCCAUGGUGGAGUUGCCAAAGAACUGUAUAGCCGCAGCUAUGGACAAAGAGAUUGUCAUUUUCAGGCUGACGAUGUCCACUGGGUCCCAGUUGUCUGUGGCAGAGGUCAGACGUCUAUCUGACCACCAGGACAGCAUCCAUGCUCUUAUCAACGUCAAUGAUGGCCUGUUUGCCAGUGGGUCCCAUGUGGGUGAGCUGAUCCUGUGGGACACUAUUGAUUGGACGAUUAUGGCCUAUGAGCACAUUCUAUGGGAGGAGUCUCAGAGUAACCCCCAGGCUGAGAUCCGAUUGGCAGCUCCAAAACCCAGUGAGAUGUCCAUACAGCACUUGACCUCAGAUGGAGAGCUGCUGGUGGCUGCCGUGGGCAGUGGCCUGUAUGUCUACAGUGUCCUCACUAAGAGUGUUGUAGCCUACAGGAAGACAGCUCACGACUCCAACAUACUCCACACCCUGCUGCUGCCUGAUGAAGGGCUGAUGUCUUGCUCCGAGGAUGGCAGUGUGAGGAUGUGGGAGAUGCAAGAUCUCUUGUUACCAGCUGAACCAGCCUCUGCAGGGUUCUUUGGGAUGUGGACUUUCGGUAGGUCCAGUAAGCAGGCCAGUCCUCCAGUCAAGAAGAUUCUAGAAUGUCCAAGUCUCAAAACAUUGGAACUGACAGGUGACCUGAUUGGACACUCAGGGGCAGUUCAGAUGUUUUUGAGUUUUGGGGAGAAGGGUCUGGUAACAUGUUCUACAGACCAUCUACUGAUUGCAUGGAAGAACGGAGAAAGAGAGUCUCACCUCCGCAGCCUUGCUCUAUUCAGGAAACUUGAGGUGAAUGGGGGACUUUGAUCCCUGCCCACACAAACACUUCAAUUGAUGGGUUUCCUGUCCACAUCUUACCGUCUCUAAAAUGUAUAUUUAUUGCCUUGAUCAAUCAUGAUUUUUACUUUAGUUUUACAGUUUUAGAGAGAGGUGUAACAUUUGUUUUAAGAGAGUCCUUUAACUGUCGCUGAUAUACUGUCAACACAGAUCCAUGAAACUAAGUGCAAAGGGCUUGUUGAAUUUGUUUAUUGAAUGUGUGAUGUCACUGGUAUUUCUUGUACCUCUUUGUUGUUUUAUUGAUUUUGCAAUGUCUUAAGUAUUACAUUUUAAUCUGCUUUCUUAUUUAUGCCAGUUUCCUUAAUGUCUGUCUUGUCUUUGCUAAUCACAUGUGUAUUUGCCAAAUGUUUGUGCAUGCUUAUUUGAAACACUUGCUCAUUUUUAAAAUCAUAAAAUGAAUGUCAGCAAUGAAAGCUACAUUAAACAAACAAGUGGUUACACCUGGUC